CAAUACAAGGGUUAACUAGCGCCGGUUACAUGGCUGAUAUAUAACGAGCAAGUUCUUUAAUGGAGCGAGCAUGUACUACUUCAAAGUGGGUUAACUGUGUUUGAACGUACUAAGAUAGCUUGCGAAAUUGCAGUAUUGUUUUUUAUAUUGAAUACAAGGUUUUACCCACCAACGUUGUUUUAUGACAAAAUGAUCGUGUUAAAGUGACUUAAAGUGCGCUAAAGUCAACAUUUUAUAGUAUGACAAUCGUUCAUAUGAUGCUUGCUAGUAUUUCAAAAUAAGAUGGGAAUACCUUUUAUUUAUAAAUACGUCAGAUUAAUUGUUUUUGUUGGUAUAUAAGAAGGAACAAUUGGCAUAGUUAGUCGAAAUAUUGUGUCAGCCAACUUUUUCUGGACAUUCGCCUGUUUCGUUUUCAGCCUUGCAUAACCAUGGUCGCCACGUGGUGGACCCAGUUUAAGACCAUGAUAUGGAAGACAGUGCUGUUGAAGAGAAGAAACAAAAGCAAAACAUUUGCGGAAUUCUUCCUUCCAGUCAUGUAUGUUGCAAUCCUAGCAGUGAUCAAGCGCACCGCACAGCUGAACCCUCUGGAGCCCUUUGGAGGCUUUCCAGAGUACUCCAUCUUUAAUGGCUCAAUCCUGAGCUCUAGUUUCCCGGACAACCACCCUCUAAGAAUUCUCGUGACUCCCAACAAUUCUCAAGUACGAGAUAUCAUGUCAGAGUUCUCAAAGAUUUUCACUGAUAUAACAAAGAAAAAUGUUUCUGUGGAGAUUUUUCUGAAUGACACCAUCGCUGAAGAAGAGUUUCAAGCAAAUGGAUCCUCUGUAUUAGCAGGCAUUGUAUUUAACUUUAACGGAAAGGGAAGUUUGAGUUACGCAUUACGCUUCCCAACAUCGUCCCUUCCUUCAGUCCAGUAUUCGGACCUUUUUGCAUCGCAGAGUAGUUGUAGAAAGAAAAUAGGAGACACACAAGUGAAUGAUGAUGGCCUUCAGCAUAAUGACAACUGUCAAGUGAAUAAAUAUAUGUUCACCGGCUUUGUACAACUACAAGCCACCAUUGACGCAGCCCUCAUGAAAGUUCUGUAUGGGAUCUCCUACUUAUCCAAUGAAGUUGCUGUUCAAAUGUUGCCGAAGCCUGCCUUUCAAACGGACACCAACUACAUUCAGGUCAUUUCCUCCAUGUACUUCGUGCUUGCAUAUUUACCAUUGAUCAGUUACUUUACUGUAGCUUUGGUUGCUGAAAAAGAGAAAAAAAUCACAGAAGGCAUGAAGAUGAUGGGCUUGAAAUCCUCAGUAUUUUGGACGUCCACGUUUUGUGUGUACAUGUUCACAGCGAUUGUGAUCACAGGCAUAGUCACGAUCAUCGCUGUGGUUGCCGACUUCCUUCCCAACAGUAGCUAUGGACUUUUCUUCAUUCUGCUGGUGUUCUAUGGUAUAUCCAUGAUAUCACUGGCGUGCAUGUUGGCACCAUUCUUCAACAAAGCUAUGAUGGCGGGCGUGGCGGCCAGCAUGGGCACCAUGAUCGUAAGCUGUCUGUACCUGGCAGUGAGUCUGACGCGCACCUAUGAGGAGGGCACUGGCAGCGUGUCCUACAAGAUACCUGUCUACGGGCGCUGGCUUCUAUGUCUCCUGUCACCCGUCUGUCUCGCUCUCGGCAUGGACCAGGCUAUAUACAUGGACAUUACUGGUGGGCUCAAUUUGACGUCUGCUCGCAAAGGGGAUUUCCCGUUCAUUGGCCCUCUGUUCAUGUUGCUUGUGGACUCCAUGAUCUACUUCCUGCUUGCAGUGUACUUUGACAAUGUUAUUCCAGGUGAAUAUGGUCCAAAGUAUCAUCCGCUGUACAUAUUCUCCCCUUCUUACUGGUGCCCACCUAAGCAACGUGGUUUAUUUGUUACGUUCAAUAAUGAUGCUGUGGAGUAUGGUGGAGAGCACCCAGGGGAGAGCACCUCAGCUGAUAUUGAACCUGUACCGGAGAACAUGAAAGAAAAGGCUGCAGUCAGAAUAAGUGGCUUAACAAAGAUGUACAAGAGCACAGAUAAGAAAAAAGGAGAAGUAAAAGCCAUUAACAAUCUCUCCUUGACGAUCUAUGAGGAUCAGAUCACGGCCAUUCUGGGUCACAACGGGGCAGGCAAGACAACUCUGAUGAACAUCCUCACCGGGAUGACAGGGGCAACCUCAGGCAGUGCCACAAUCAAGGGGCUUGAUGUAACAAGGACUUCUGACAUUGAAACGCUUCGUUCCAUGACAGGGGUGUGUCCUCAGCACAAUAUUCUGUUUGACCAGUUCACAUGCUAUGAACAUCUAAGACUGUUUGCUGGUUUGAAAGGAGGCAAUAUCUCAGAGGCAGAGAUUGAUGAGGCACUGGCAGUGGUCGAUCUAAAGGAACAGAGGGAUGUCCUUUCGACUAAACUCAGUGGAGGGCAAAAAAGGAAACUCUCUGUGGCCAUAGCAAUCAUUGGUGACCCAAAGAUUAUCUUUCUGGAUGAGCCCACUGCAGGUAUGGAUCCAUUCUCGCGUCGUUCUCUGUGGGAGGUGCUGAAGAACAAGAAGAAGGGCCGCAUCAUUCUCCUCACUACACAUUUUAUGGAUGAGGCUGAUAUACUGUCAGAUCGUAAAGCCAUUAUUAACAAGGGAUCACUUCGGUGCUGUGGGUCAUCAUUCUACCUGAAGAACAAGUUUGGAAUUGGCUAUCAUUUAAACAUGGUGGUAGAGCCAGACUGUGACACAGACAAGGUGAGCUACAUGGUGCAAGAGGUUGUGGAGGGGUCAGAGGUCAACAGGGUCCACGGCAGGGAGCUGGACAUUACACUACCCCAGGCAGGGGUCAACAAGUUUGCUGAACUGUUUUCAAAGUUAGAACAUCCAGCCACUGCCAAAGAACUAGGGGUGAAGAACUUUGGUGUAUCCAUGACAACCUUAGAGGAAGUGUUCUUAAAACUGGAGGAGGAUGUGAACGACUUGGAACUGGAGGAAACAGCGGGCGACAUUGACACUUCCACCCUGCUACCACCCGUAGUCCAAAUCCAAAAAUAUGGUUCUGCCACUCACGUUGACAUGACAUCCAGAUCAAACCCCUCUGACACAGUGGAUUGUGUCAUGGGUAAAACCCUGGCCUGGCAGAGAUUCCGAGGAAUGUUCACGGUGGUUGCAAAGACCCAUUUACGUAGCCCAUUGGCAAACAUUUUCCACAUUGUUUUGCCAGUGGCUUUUGUGAUUGUGGGUAUUGUGUUGUCCAAGAACUUGAAGACAAGCUUUGGCCAGGGACCCAGCAGCUUUCGUCAUUACUCCACUUUGACAUCCACGGUGUCGAGUGUAAUGUCGGCCAUGUUUGAGACAGAUUCCAACUUGACGACCGAUUACUUCACAAACAUGUUCAAGCUGCUAGAGAGCGGUGUAUCCCCACAUUAUAUUGGAGCCCAAAUCAACCAAUUAAAUAUAAGUGGUAAUCCUGCUGCAGUGACAAGUGCCUUUAAGAUCUUCUACAAUGACUCCGCUGUGAGCUCUAUCCCUGUCAUGAUGAACCUGUACUCCAACGUCCUUCUGUCCACCGCCAGGGGCAUUAUGGGAAAAACAGACAACCAAAGUAUAGAGGUGAGCAGUUACCCAUGGCCAGACUUUGAUAAAAAGAAACUGUAUGACGGAGGUCAGUUUGCCUCCAUUCUUCUAAUUGGUAUGGCGUUUGUCUUCAUUCCUGGUGGACUGGCCAUUGACAUUGUGAAGCUCAGACAGCACAAGGUGCGUAGCCAGGUGAGGGUGUCUGGACUGCCUUUCUAUCUCUACUGGGGUGGACUGCUGGCAGUGCAUGCAAUCAAGUUCUUCAUUCCAGCCAUUCUUACCAUCAUAUUUGCACUGGCUCUGCAGGCGGAGACACUGAAGACAGCGGGUGCCAUGGUUAGCUUCAUCCUUGUGUGUCUGCUGUUUGUCCCGGCCAAUAUUUUGUUCACAUACGUCUUGUCAUUCAUAUUCACCAACUGGGAGACAGCCUCCUCCUUGAUGCCUAUGUUGAUCACCAUGGCUGGCUAUUUUCCGUACAUUCCGGUGUCUGUUAUUGACAUGGUGGUGGACCCCCAGAUCUCAACUAUACUGCACUACGUUUUCUGUGUACUGGACCCACCCUAUCUCAUCUUUGGAGGAUUGUACUACAUCGACAAGAUAUACCGGACUGCUAUUCAAGAUGGUGCUGUAGGCGAUGUCACAUUUGGAGAUUAUUUCGCAAUGUCCAGUAAUAUACCCAUCUGCUUCAUAAUGCCGGUAAUCCAUGCGUUUUUCGCCUUCUUCCUUCUGCGAGUUCUGGACAUAAAAAGCACAGGCGGUGAUGUUAGGGAAGCAUGUUACCAUGGUAACCGGGUAGCAAAUCGGCCGAUGGAGAAUUUGGACGUGCCAGAAGACGAGGAUGAAGAUGUGAGUGCAGAGAGGUCGAGGGUCAGGGAGUUACUGAGACAGGGCCAUCAGAUACCAGUAUCCGUAGUAGAAAAUCUGCGACGACAGUUCACAAAGGGUGCAAAGGGGAAUUGUUUGAAGAAAAAAUCUAAAGAGGAAACAACUAAGGUCGCGGUUCGAAACCAGACCUUUGCUGUCGAGGUGGGGGAAGUGUUUGGACUACUGGGACCAAACGGCGCGGGUAAAACCACCACCCUCAACAUGAUGACGGCUGAUGUAGCCCCUACAGCAGGGGAGGUUCUUGUUUCUGGCUACAACAUUCGUUCAGAGAUAUCAGAAGCAUUCCAAAUGAUGGGUUACUGCGCCCAGCAUGAUGCGUUGAUUGAAUCCAUUACCCUGAAAGAACACCUGGAGUUCUAUGCGAGGGUCCGUGGUAUACCCGCGGGUAAAAUGGAUGAAAUCGUGGACUUUUUCAUCAACAAUCUUAAACUCAAAGAGCAUGAGAAAAAACCGGUUGAAAAACUGUCUGGUGGGACAAAGCGUAAGCUGAGUUACUGCAUCAGCAUGCUGGGUCGCCCACGAAUUGUUCUGCUUGAUGAGCCAUCCACAGGGAUGGACCCUCAGUCCAAGAGGUUCCUAUGGGAUACCAUAUCAAACAGCUUCGAGAAUUCCACUGAAAGGGGGGCCAUUCUUACAACACACUACAUGGAAGAGGCCGACGCCUUGUGCUCGAAAAUUGCGAUAAUGGUCAAUGGAAAAAUGGAGUGCAUUGGAUCAAGUCAACAUCUAAAAACCAAAUACGGAAGUGGAUAUUUGUUGGAAAUCAAGCUGCAAACUCAUGGUGAUGCUGACGUCAGUCAGGGAAUAGAGAGGCUCCAUGGUUACAUACAGACCUUGUUUCCUAUGGCAACCAUUGCUGAGCAGUUUAGCGAAAGGGUCCAAUAUAAAGUACCAAAAUCCGAAGUUCAGUCUUUGGCAAAGAUAUUUGAUGCACUAGAAAAAGGUAAAACAGACUAUGACAUUGCAGAGUAUAGCUUCAGCCAGUCUACUUUGGAGCAGGUGUUUUUGGAGUUUGCUAAACAUCAGUUGGACGAAAAUGCCUCCAAUGACAUGAAAGGAAACCAUUUGGUGCCAAAGCUGGGAUUAACGUCUAUCAACUCAAUCACAGAGAAGAAUGGAGUACGUAUAAAAGACACACUGGUCACAAGCAUCAGAUUGUAAACAGCCAGCAUAGGAUUAGAAAUGGCUAACGUAGGAUUGUAAAUCAAAUGAACAAAUAGUUUGAUUGUAAUUGUGUUAUUAGUGAAGAAUGAAACACACUUCAGUGUUUAACUAAACCAUUAACUUAACAUGAUAAAAAUGUGUUUUUUCCGUAUAAAGACAGUAUACCAGUAGUAAGUAUUUUUUUGUUCACCUGUUGUCUUGUCUUCUGUGCUACACAAUAUGUAACGUAAUGCAUUUAUUGUUGUCUUAUAUUGAUAAAUUGAGUUGUGAUUGCGAAAAAAGGUGCAUUUGGGCAGAUCUAGUCAGGACUAACCCUGUCUGCUAGCUAAAAAAGGUACAUUUGGGCAGAUCUAGUCAGGACUUACCCGGUCUGCUAUUUAGUCGUCAGGACUUACCCUGUCUGCUAUUUAGUCGUCAGGACUUACCCUGUCUCUAUUUAGUCUUCAGGACUUACCCUGUCUCUAUUUAGUCGUCAGGACUUACCCUGUCUGCUAUUUAGUCGUCAGGACUUACCCUGUCUCUAUUUAGUCGUCAGGACUUACCCUGUCUCUAUUUAGUCGUCAGGACUUACCCUGUCUCUAUUUAGUCGUGGUCAGGACUUACCCUGUCUUCUAUUUAGUCGUCAGGACUUACCCUGUCUGCUAUUUAGUCGUGGUCAGGACUUACCCUGUCUGCUAUUUAGUCGUCAGGACUUACCCUGUCUGCUAUUUAGUCGUCAGGACUUACCCUGUCUGCUAUUUAGUCGUCAGGACUUACCCUGUCUGCUAUUUAGUCGUCAGGACUUACCCUGUCUGCUAUUUAGUCAUCAGGACUUACCCUGUCUCUAUUUAGUCGUGGUCAGGACUUACCCUGUCUGCUAUUUAGUCGUCAGGACUUACCCUGUCUCUAUUUAGUCGUGGUCAGGACUUACCCUGUCUGCUAUUUAGUCGUCAGGACUUACCCUGUCUGCUAUUUAGUCGUCAGGACUUACCCUGUCUGCUAUUUAGUCGUCAGGACUUACCCUGUCUGCUAUUUAGUCGUCAGGACUUACCCUGUCUCUAUUUAGUCGUGGUCAGGACUUACCCUGUCUGCUAUUUAGUCGUCAGGACUUACCCUGUCUGCUAUUUAGUCGUCAGGACUUACCCUGUCUGCUAUUUAGUCGUCAGGACUUACCCGGUCUGCUAUUUAGUCGUCAGGACUUACCCUGUCUGCUAUUUAGUGGUGCAAGGUUUUGUUGUCUCAUUAGCAGACAGUAUAAUUUGUGCGAGCAUUUUAUCAAAUAUGUUGUUCAUGAAAAAUCAGGUUUAAUUAGAAUGUUUGCGCUUAUAUAUUCUAUACACUCUUUUGCAUUCCUCUCCAUAUCUUUUGUUGUAAAAUACAGAGAUUUUCAACCAAAACAUUAAUGUUAUUUUAUCUUUUAAGAAAAAUUGUUUGAAAGUUACAUUUUUUAAUAUUCUGCUCAUGUAAGGUAGAAGAUUGAAAUUGGCUUAGACUGAUCUUGAUCUAGCCUUAAUUAUUCCUCUGGUCAUGUGGCCUGGGAUCGUAUUCCAGAAACAUCUUAAGUAAAAUUUUAUUCUGAUCCUUAAAUUGGGAAAUUUUCUUAAGUGUUUCAUUUCCUAUUGCAAGAGAAUUGUGUGAAGGGGCAGAUGUCCGUUAAGUCCUGAUUUAAUGAAGGGGCAGAUGUCCGAAGGGGCAAAUGUCCGUAUACAAGUACAGAAAUACAAAACAUUGUAAUUUUGAAUUUAAGUGAAAUUAUUUGAGAAAUAACUUAAGAUGUUUCUGGAAUACCACCCCUGAUGUCUAAGAUAUCAAAUCAUUAUUAUUGAACUAUUUAAUUAUUCUAUUUCCAGUACAUGUGUGUCCAUUUUUGAUUACCUUUUGAUUGUUAAUAACCAUUACUUAUUUAGCAUUUUUACUCUUUUGUAUGUUUCUGUUUAAGAUUAAUUAUGUAUCAAGUAUCUUAUCUUGUUGUUGUUAAUGAUGUUAGGUCAGUGAGGAUCUCGCUACAAGGCAAUCAAUGCAUGAAGAAUGUUAUAGUCAUUGCUUAUUUUUAAACGUUUUAUUCUGUGUUACAGAAAUAUAUCCUUGUUGUUUUCAGAUUAUUUAUCGUAUAUUUUUCCUUUAUACAGUUAACUUUUAUUGGUAUGCUUGUAAGAUAGUGUUAGUUAUUUAUAGAUCUAAUUAUUUUAAUUAUCGAUACUUAUGUCGCCAUUUACACUUUUUGUGGUAAUUGUCACUAUGGUAAAAUUUUGAAGAAGAUUUUAAAUAUCAAUGUACAUGUAUAUCAUUGAUACAACUAAACAACAUUUUUGGUCCGGUGGAAAGGUGGUUUUAUAGUCCCCAUCAGAGCGACAGGAAGAGUAAUCAAUUGACAACAGCGAUGCCAACAUAUUAUUUAGAUAUUAUUAUAAUUAUUCUGAUACAAAUGUAUAUAUUAUUAUGACGCGUUCAGAUUCUAAGACACACCUUGCGUUGAUUUUUGUGUACUACUUAUAGUGUGCUUUUUAACAUCCGUGUUCGAUACCCAAUUGUACAACAUUUUCGUGUUCUUUCCUACUUAAUAAAUUUGAACUUUUGGUUUUAUUCUUCAGUCUGUUAAAACACUACAUGGGACAUUACAAUACAUUCCAAAAUAUGUGAACAAAUCCUAGUGUAAUAUAUGAUACAAUGUCUAAGAAAUAUUUGGAGUAAUCCACUCAGAUUACAGUAUAGAUCCGAAGUAUAGUCCCUUUUUGCCACAGCUAAAAGAGCUCUAGCUUCUUGUAAUUUUUCUCUGCAUCAGUGUUCAUUUAAUCCGCUGUUAAACUGCUAUUUACGAAUAGUUUAAGUAGUUAGGUAGAUCUAGAUCUAUUAAAUGAUUGCAAAGUAUA